UGUCCCGUUGUCUGUACCCAACUAUUUCCUCAUGGAGUCUUUAUUCUUAGCCCCCCCCCCCCCCCCAAAGUGGACAUUUGGCUUGGUGCUCGCUCAGAUUUUGUUUGACACUUCAAAUGACUCAUAAACUCAUUGCGUUCUUCACAAAAAUCUUGCUUCCGUUCUUCGUAGUGUCCACUCUCUCUCUUCCUAACAGAUGUUCAGCAGAUGCUUCUACAGAAAUAGAAAGGACACUGGCUAUAAUAAAGCCAGAUGGGGUUUCGGGAAACUAUACAAAUCCCAUAAAGGAAACAAUUCUAGAUCAUGGAUUCAAAAUCACUGAGGAAUUGUUCAUUCAGCUUGACGAGGAUCAUGUGAAAAGCUUUUAUGCUGAGCACUCCUCAAGGAGCUUCUUUCCAAGCCUUGUUGAAUACAUGGCCAGUGGUCCAUUGUUGAUAAUGGUUUUGGAGAAAGGGAAUGCCAUAGCUGACUGGCGUGCACUAAUUGGUCCAACAGACCCACUCAAAGCAAAGGUUACUCAUCCUCACAGUGUCAGAGCCAUAUGUGGGCUGGAUUUACAGAAGAAUUGUGUUCAUGGUUCUGACUCACCUCAGUCUGCUCCCCGGGAAAUAUCCUUUUUCUUUGAAAGGACAUCAUCAGGACAUGUAUCUAAGCAUGAUGAAUUAUAAGGUUAGGAAUUCUUGAAGAAGGAUUCUAUGCCACUGAGAUUCCUCUAUGAACAAGUUUGAUACAGCUCACCUAAUUAGAGUUGCGCUCUGAGAUGCUAUAUCCUGCAAGAUCAAGCUUAGCAGAAUGGUUACUGGGGGUGAGACAGUAGACUUCUAUCUUGGCAGUUAACCGAAGACGGAUGGAGCGUAUGUUAUAUGGGUAGAGUUGUCAGUAUCUUCGAUAUGGAACAUAUAUAAUGUGUGUGUGUGAAAAACAGUAUAAUGUCAUCAAAUAUUAAUUCUAAACUAGUAUAGAAACUACAAUGAGUUCAGUAUUAAAAACCUUAAAGUUUGACUACAUCAUAGUUUAAAUUUUGGAUCUGUCUAUGCAGUUUACCAGCCAUUUCUUGUU